CAAGGCUGUUCAUGCUGGCAGAUCCUUUGACAGAACAGGCCGUCCUGUUCUGUUUUGUACCCUACUCAGCAUGUUUUACUUGGACAUGGAGAGCCCCGCAUGACGCUGAAAACAACUUCUUUAACUGUCUAUGAUCCCAACACGGGUGACGUCACGACGACUCAGCUGCGGCACGAGUCCUGUUACCAGACGGACAGACACCAUGAAUGAAGAUGAAGCUCACCGUGCCACUUCUACUCCUGGUCCUGCUCUCUGUCACAGGGCUGAGCCGAGCCCAGGCCAAGACCUCUCUCCUGGAUUUGACCAACAACAUGUGGAGCAUCCUCCCCAGUCUCAGCCGGCCAGCCAACCACAGCCGCAUCUUCUACGCAGUGAUGUUUGAUGCAGGGAGCACAGGGACACGCAUCCACAUCUACACCUUCAUCCAGAGUGACUCAGAGCUGCCUGUUUUGGACAAUGAGAUGUUCCAUUCCAUAAAGCCCGGUUUGUCAGCAUAUGCUGACUCCCCUGAAAUGGCUGGACACACAGUGAGGAUGUUGUUGAAGGUGGCCAAGAAGACUGUGCCUCGUCUGGAGUGGAAGAGAACUCCACUGGUUCUCCGAGCCACAGCUGGACUUCGGCUGCUGGCUGCAGAGAAAGCCCAGCUUCUUCUGAAGCAGGUUCAACGUGUGUUUGAUGAAUCUCCUUUUUUGGUCCCAGACAACAGCGUCAGUGUAAUGAACGGCACAAAUGAAGGAAUCCUGGCUUGGAUAUCUUUGAACUAUCUGACAGGUCACCUGACUGCACAAACCAAGAAGACAGUGGGAAUCUUGGAUCUGGGAGGAGGCUCCACGCAGAUCACCUUCCUCCCAAAGCUGAGGAAAACCAUUGAAAGUGUUCCUGUUGCUGAUUACGUUGCCAGAUUCGACAUCUUUAACUCAACAUUUGAACUGUACACUUACAGCUACCUUGGAAAUGGACUGAUGGCAGCGCGACUGGCCACACUGGGCGCUUUGGGUGCAGAAGGGUUGGAGUGGCGGGUUUUUAAAAGCACCUGCCUGCCAAAGAAGUUCAGGGAUGAAUGGAGAUUUGGAGGGCUGACCUAUCAAGUGAGCGGGGACCCAGAUGGUAAUGCAGGGUACAAGCUUUGUUAUCAGGAAGUACUUAAAGUGGUGAAGGGGAUAAUUCAUCAGCCAUAUGAGCUCCAAGACAGCAACGUAUUCUAUGCAUUCUCCUAUUACUUUGACAGAGCUGUGGAUGCAGGCCUUAUCGAUGGGGUUCAAGGAGGGAUGCUGGAGGUCAGAGACUUUAAGAAGAGAGCUAAAGAGGUGUGCAAUAAGAUGACCAAGUACCCUCCCACCAGUUCUUUCCUAUGUAUGGACCUGACCUACAUCACUUGUCUGCUCAAGGAUGGAUUUGGCUUCAAGGAGAGCACUGUGCUGCAGUUGACCAAGAAAGUGAACAACGUGGAGGCAAGCUGGGCAUUGGGCGCCACGUUAGACCACUUCCACAACCUGAAGAUCCACUAAGAAGGGAGGAACAGCCACUGCUGAUUUAGGUGGUGCUCAACAAGAAACACGGGUAAUGUCGUGCACUUCCUUAUCUAACGGGCCCAGACAUCUGCAGUGUUUCAUAAGGAGGGAACUAACCUCAUGAGCAAUUCUUAAUUUCCCACGAAGCAAUUAUCCUCAAGUGUUGAUGUAUUGAGCUGUAAAUUAGCAAUGUUUCCAACGCGGAGAACAAGUGAAGCACUGGAGGUUGACAUUAGAGUGAAAGAUGUUACCAAUAACACUCAGUUACUACCGCUUUGGGCAUUACUGGAUACAUUAUUUGUUGUUUUUGUGUUUUUAACAUGGUGGCCUGGCUUGUUAAACUGGUUGAGCUGUGACCAGUGUUUACAUACAACAAUGUGAUAGACUGGGCUCCAGUAGUUCUAGUAUUAAGUGUUUGGUAGUUAGUAAUAAGGAUAAAGGGGUAUACACAUGUCUGGUACAUUUAAAUCAGCCAUUGACGUUAUAAAAAAUAAGUGGCACUCAUUUUCCGUUAGAGAAUAUCAUCACUGCAUUUCAACGUCAGACUGCUGUUUACAAUGUUAAUGCACAUGAUCAUUAUAUUUUCAUAAAGUUUUAACCCGUCUCAGUAUUUCUUUGGGAGUAUUUGUUUUCAAAAA